UAAAACCCUCUCCUAAUCUACCAGUCGCUCUCAUUCUCUCUCUGAAACACUCUCUUCUCUUUCAGUCGAAGCUGGGUGUGGAGGAGUCUGAACCAGCUCUCUCAACAAUGGCGGCUUCAAUGCUCCACAUUAUUACCAUCAUUCUCGCUACUUCUUCAGCUCUUCUUAGCUCACCAGCUGAGUCCAGGUCCACCAGGUUGUACCCAAACUACUAUCGAAGAACCUGCCCUAGAUUCGAGCAAAUCAUCCAAGACACCGUCACCAACAAACAGAUCUCCAGCCCCUCCACUGCCGCCGCCACCCUCCGCCUCUUCUUCCACGAUUGCCUCCUCAACGGUUGCGACGGCUCCAUUCUUAUUUCAUCCACACCCUUCAACUCCGCCGAGCGCGACGCCGAGAUCAACCUCUCCCUUCCCGGAGAUGCAUUCGACGUCGUCGUCCGGGCCAAGACCGCGCUCGAGCUUGCUUGCCCCAACACCGUCUCCUGCGCUGAUAUCCUCGCCGUCGCCACCCGUGACCUCGUCACCAUGCUCGGUGGACCUCAUUACAACGUACUCCUCGGCCGAAGAGACGGUCGCGUCUCCAGAGCUUCCGAUGUCGAAGGCCACCUCCCUCGAACCACUGAUUCGAUGUCGCGAAUCAUUCAAUUGUUCGAAUCCAGAGGUUUCACCAUACAGGAAAUGGUGGCAUUGAGCGGCGCCCACACGGUUGGGUUCUCGCAUUGUAAAGAAUUCAGCGCCGGGAUCUACAACUACAGUAAAACGGCGUCGUCUGAUCCCCAAUACAACUCUAGAUUCGCUUCUGUGUUACAGAAGGCUUGUGCCGACUACCAGAAGAACCCUACUCUCUCUAUUUUCAACGACGUUAUGACCCCAAACAAGUUCGAUAACAUGUAUUACCAGAACAUACAAAAGGGGCUAGGGCUUCUGAAAUCGGAUCACGGCCUCCACAGUGACCCAAGAACAAGGCCUUUCGUUGAUUUGUACGGGAAAAACCAAGAGAAAUUCUUUCAGGACUUUGUUCGAGCAAUGGAGAAGCUCAGCGUUCUUGGAGUCAUAACCGGAAGUAAAGACGGAGAUAUUAGGCGAAGGUGUGAUCAGUUCAAUUAACUUGUGCUUGAGAAGUUCAUUAAUCAAUUAGUUAAUUUAUAAAAAAAAGGAUUAUUGUUGUAGUUGUUGGUAUUGGUUCAUGGGCUAUGCGAGUAAAGAGGGCAGUUUUUUUCUAUUUAUGUAUGUUCUUAUUGAAGAUCAGAAUCAUAUUUCAUCUGUAUACAUAAAAUGGUUUUGUAUCAAGAAGAUAUAUUCACUUUAUAAGAGCUUAAAAGUUUAUACAAUAAUGAUUUGACUGAAUGAAGGGUGUCAUAAAAAUUGUGGCUACUUAA